AUGGCCGCCAAGUCGGACGGAGGCGCGGCUGACUCUGCGGGUUCGGUGGGCUCGUCGGCGGGAUGUACCCUCGGUAAGCAGCCGGGGGCGCGCGGUGAGACGGCGGAAGAGGAGCAGCCCUGUGUGCAGGGUGAGCAGCGGCGCGCGCUGCUGGACUGCUGCUGGGUGUUGUGCGCGCUCCUGGUGUUUUUCUGUGAUGGUGCUACGGACGUGUGGCUGGCGGUUGAUUACUACGCGCGCGGAGAUUACUGGUGGUUCGCGCUGACGCUGGUGUUCACCGCGCUGCCCUCCGCCGUGGUGCAGGUGCUCAGUUUCCGCUGGGUGCUGUACGAUUACACCGUGCUGGAGCAGCAGCAGCAGCAGGAGGAUGAGGAGGAGCAGCAGCAAGGGGAGGAUGAGAGGGUGCAAACAAGCGUGCGCUCGCAGAGCAGGACUCUCAGGUGCUGUCGAGCGUGCAUGUGGAUCUUCCAGUCCCUCGUGCACAUCCUACAGCUGGGCCAGAUGUGGAGAUACAUCCACACGCUGUACCUGGGUGUGCAGAGUCAGUGGUAUCGUCACUGCUACUGGCGUCUGAUGUUCGAGACGGCUGACGUGAACAUGCUGAGGCUGCUGGAGGCUUUCCUGAAGAGUGCACCCCAGCUCGUUCUGCAACUCAGCAUCAUGAUCCACAGCAAACACAUCCUACCCCUGCAGGGUCUUUCUGCCUCCGCCUCUCUGGUGUCCCUAGCCUGGAUGAUCGCCUCCUACCAGAAGGUCCUGCGUGACUCCCGAGACGACAAGCUACCCAUGUCCUACAAGGCAGUGAUUGUGCAGAUGCUCUGGCACCUGUUCACCAUAGGCGCACGUACUAUCGCCUUCGCGCUCUUCGCCUCCGUCUUCCAGCUCUACUUUGGCGUAUUCGUCGUGGCACAUUGGUGCGCCAUGACCUUCUGGAUCAUCCAGGGUGAGACGGACUUCUGCAUGUCCAAGUGGGAGGAGAUCAUCUACAACAUGGUCGUGGGGAUCAUCUACAUCUUCUGCUGGUUUAACGUCAAGGAGGGCCCGGCACGCUGCCGCCUGGCUACGUACUACUGUGUGAUCCUGGUGGAGAACGUGGCUCUUACGGCCGCCUGGUACGCCUACAGGAACCCGCACACGUCAGACUUUUACGCCCUCGUUAUUUUGUGCGUCGUGGUGAGCAGUUUUGCUCUGGGAACCUUUUUUAUGUUCAUCUACUACUGCCUGCUUCAUCCUGAUGGCCCUAUUCUGGGCUCCCAGUGGAGCUGUGUGGAUGAAGGGAUGGGUGCAUUGGGAAUGGGAGGAGUAGGAGACCUGGGGACACCUUUGCCCCAACCGGAUGUGGUAACAAGUCCACCAAGAACCUUGCAAAGGACUAAAGAUGGGGAUCGUGAAUCAGGGGACAGGGAUAGUUGCCUGCCUGUGUUUCAGGUCAGGUCUAUCAGUGUGACUCCUGGACCUCCGCUCCACACGCCAAAGACUGAGGGCCCUGUGAUCCGUAUUGAUCUGCCCAGAAAGAGCUACCCGGCCUGGGAUGCGCAUUUCAUUGACCGGCGGUUAAGAAAAACCAUCCUGUUGCUGGAGAAUACCUCUCCGGUUACACCACGGAUUCAGUACCGCAGCCAAGGCAGCCCCAAAGAGGUUAUGGAAUAUGAGACUACCGUGUAG